AUGGAGGGAGUAAAGGAGAAGAAUAAAAGGGUAGUUGUCGUUGGAGCUGGAGUUGGAGGCAUCGCAACAGCCGCCCGACUAGCUAAAGCUGGAUUACAAGUGUCAGUGUACGAGAAAAAUGACUUCUAUGGCGGGAAAUGCAGUAACAUUGUUCAUAAUGGCUAUCGCUUUGAUCGAGGACCUUCGAUCAUGCUGAUGCUCGAAAUUUUUGAGGAAACCUUUCAGCAUCUGGGAACAUCAAUGUUUCGAGAAGAAAUACAACUUCGUAAAUGUGAGCCAAACUGCAAGGUAUGGUUUGAGGACGGGGAACACUUCACGACUUCCACCGAUAUUGCGCACAUGAAGUGUGAAAUUGAGAGAAUUGAAGGACCCGGCGGGGUUAGGCGUUUCAUUGCAUUUCUCGAAGAGUGUCAUCAACAUUAUCAGCAGAGUGUGAUCCAUGUGUUGAAAAAAGACUUCCCAGGCUUUUCUUCGCUUCUAAGACCCGCAUUUUUGCCUUAUCUAUUUCAACUACAUCCCUUUCAAACUGUUUGGCAAAGGGUCUCCAGCUUUUUCAGAUCACACAAGCUCCGUCAAGCCUUUAGCCUUGGAAGCAUGUAUCUUGGGAUGUCGCCUCUUGAGAUCCCAGGUACUUACACACUCCUCCAAUAUGCCGAGUUGGUAGGUGGCAUAUGGUACCCUGUAGGUGGGUUUCAAGAAGUGGUUGAAAAACUACUGCAGAUUGGCACAAGGCUCGGUGUAAAAUAUCAUUUUUCACGUCCAGUAGAAACUGUGACUGUGUCUUGUGGAAAAGCUUUGGGUGUCUCUCUGGAAUCGAGCACAUUUAUUGAAGCCGAUGCUGUUGUCAUCAAUGCCGAUUUUAGUUACGCCUGCAAAGAGCUUCUCCCAUCCGUCCCAUCAACAUCGGAUGAAUUAAGUCGCUCCAAGAACGUCUCUUGCAGCAGCAUAUCCUUUUACUGGUCGCUUUCGAAAACGUUCCCCCAGUUGGAGACCCACAACAUGUUCGUCGAAAGUUCAUUUGGACGGCGAUCUAUGCCUGUAUAUAUGGAGCGCAUUUCACCGGCGAAGCCCUCUUUUUAUGUCCAUGUUCCUUCGAGGAUAGACCCAACAGCUGCACCAGCAGGGAAGGAUGCGGUCAUCGCUCUUGUUUUGGUCGAGAAUUUAGGAGAUGCAGACCCUUGCCGAGAAGGGUUUGAUGAUUCAACUCUGGUAUCCUACGCGCGUGACCAUGUGAUCUCUUCUAUUGAGAGGCGAACGGGGACCACAGGAUUCAAGAAGCUCAUUGAUCAUGAGAGUGUGAACACGCCAUCGACAUGGCAAGAACAUUUCAACUCCGAGAAAGGCGGAAUAUUUGGCCUCGACCACAGUUUAUUCAACAUACUCUCUUUUCGACCAAAGAUUAAACACGAUAGAGUUGCUGGCGUGUAUUUCGUUGGCGCCAGCACACAUCCUGGAGCUGGAGUUCCGACCUGCCUUGCGGGUGCAAAGCUCACUGCGGAUCGAGUCUUGGAAGAUCUGAAAGUGUCUGUUCCCUGGGAGUCUUCUAACGCCCAAAGCAGAAAUGCUUUUUCAUGUUUUUUCAUAUGGGGUGUUUUCACUCAAUCGUCAUGCAAGGGCAUUUUAUUUUCUAUUUUCAUUUUCAUUAUCAUCGGGGCAGCUUUGGCCAGCAACUCCUAA